CAGGAUCUUUAGUCCGUCUUUGCGCGCGAGAUUGGAACCAGCACUUGCGCGGCGCACAUUCUCGGUGAUCGUUGUACCGUUAUCAGAAUCCGCUACGAGAACAUACAGUGAUUUACCGGUGAUCGGUAGAGUAGUGAGAAAUUUUUGCACAGUAGUUCGUUGUUAGUGUUACGGUUAUUUUGUUUUAAGUUACCAUGAAAAUAAUUGUUGAGCAGCAUCCGAAUGUGUUGGACGUUUCGGAGUUGCUGCGUCCCGAGCCAAAGUUCUCCGAUAAGGACGUGUCCAAGUUUCGGGACUAUACGGUCGAUGAAAAUGAUCCUCUCAAGGAACGCGUCCGUCGAACGUACAAACUAAUGCACACGCACCAAACGGUCGAUUUUGUUAAAGGUCGUCACGAGGAAUGGCUCCACUUUGAUCACUUCAAAGCAACCGUUCGCCAGGCGCUGGAAAAGCUUAACGACCUAGUCGAUGAGUCGGAUCCGGACCUGGAUCUUCCCAACAUUGUCCACGCGUUUCAAACGGCCGAACGGGCGCGGGAAGAGUUUCCGGAGCUGGACUGGCUACACUUGACCGGAUUGAUACACGACCUUGGCAAGGUGAUGGCCUUCUAUGGGGAACCCCAGUGGGCUGUUGUGGGCGAUACGUUUCCGGUCGGGUGCGAGUGGGGCCAGAGCAUCGUUUACCGGGAGGAUAGCUUCACCGACAAUGUUGAUGGCUUGAACCCUAAGUACAACACCAAGAACGGGAUGUACGAACGCAAGUGUGGAUUAGAAAAUCUAACCAUGUCGUGGGGACACGAUGAAUUCCUGUACCGGCUUUUGAAGCACAACAAGUGCACGUUGCCGGAACAGGCGCUCCAUAUGAUCCGUUAUCACUCUUUCUAUCCUUGGCACUCCGGUGGUGACUACCAACAUCUAACGAAGGAGAAAGACGAGGAGACCAAGCAAUGGGUGCUGAUGUUCAAUCGCUACGAUCUGUACACCAAAUCCACCAAACUUCCGGACAUUGACGCCCUAUGGCCAUAUUAUCAGAGUCUGAUCGAUAAAUAUUGUCCAGGAGAGCUCGAGUUUUGAAAAAUCUCCAAAACACAGUAGAUCAUCAUCGCUUAAAAAAUGUUAUUAACGAAGAGAAUUUUAAUAGUUAGUGUGCAAUUUUGUAAAAGGUACAAUUUGAAACAUAAAUGAGCAUAUCUAUAAAAAGCAAAGGAAAUAAAUAUAGGAUGUAAUGUAGGAAGCAAAUGAAAAAUGAACGUGUUGAAUAAUUGCAGACAGCAGGUUUCGCGUGGUCGGUGAUUAAUCUUCUAUCUAUAUAUAUAAAAGAGUACCGCGUUAUUGGCUGUUUACUUAUAACUCAAGAACGGCUGAACCGAUUUGGCUGAAAAUUGGUGUGGAGGUAGCUUAGAUCCAUGGGCCCCAGAUAGGAUACUUUUUAUAAUCCGAUCGCGUCACAAUGAAGCCACAAUACGCACAA